UUCUUGAUUUAAAAUGUGUACAUCUAGAUGUAAACCCUUAGAAAAUGUAUUGGUUUGACUACGGCGUCCAUUAUUUCCACGAGUGCAUAUAAUAAUAAGUUUUUGGCUUGGUGCUUUUUCAAUGGUAAAAAACAAUUGCUUUUUUGCCACAUAACUUAUGCAUGAAAGCUCCAGUUCUGUUAUAUUUUCAUUUCUUUGUUAUAUAAAUUACACUCUGAUUCAAACACAUUAUCUGUGUAAAACUAUUAUUUCAUUGUGAGAGGUAUGGCCAUGGAAGAGGCACUAUUGGGAAAGAAUAGCGAAGAGAAGACAUGGCCGACGAGGAAUGGUUUAAAGGAGGAGUUGAAGAAGCUGACUUCCAUGGCUGCUCCGAUGGUGGUGGUGAGUGUGUGUCAAUACCUCUUGCAGGUUGUUUCGGUCAUGAUGGCCGGCCAUAUCGAUGAACUCUCACUCUCCGGUGUUGCUCUGGCCAACUCUUUCACCAAUGUCACCGGCUUCAGUCUUCUUAUAGGAAUGGCUGGUGCGAUGGAAACUUUAUGUGGGCAAGCUUAUGGAGCAGGGCAAUAUGAGAAGCUGGGAACGUACACUUACUCUGCUAUGAUUUCUCUGCUUUUGAUCUGUUUACCGGUUUCUCUCCUUUGGAUAUUCGUUGAAAAACUGCUGGUAUUCAUAGGCCAAGACCCUUUAAUCUCUCAUGAAGCUGGAAAAUACUCAAUCUUACUCAUCCCUGCACUAUUUGCAAGUGCUAUUCUGCAAUCACUCAUUCGCUACUUCCAGUGCCAGGGACUAAUCCUUCCAAUGCUCCUUAGCUCGGUUUCGACUUUAUGUUUCCACAUACCUAUUUGCUGGACUCUAGUUCAUAAAUUGGAGCUAGGAAGUACAGGAGCAGCAAUUUCCAUUUGUAUAGCAUACUGGUUGAGUGUUACAUUCCUUGCCUUGUACAUGAAGUAUUCUUCAUAUUGUGAGAAAACCCUUGUUGCAUUUUCGACGGACGCUUUCUUAAGAAUCAAAGAAUUUCUCUGCUUUGCUGUUCCUUCAGCUCUUAUGGUCUGUCUUGAAUGGUGGUCAUUUGAGCUGAUUAUUUUUCUGUCUGGACUUCUACCAAACCCAAAACUUGAAACUUCAGUCCUUACCAUUUGCCUCACAACAACUUCAUUGCACUAUUUCAUUCCAUAUGGUGUUGGUGCUGCUGCAAGCAUUCGAGUCUCGAAUGAAUUAGGAGCCGGAAAUUCACAGGCAGCUCAGAUAGCUGUUUAUGUGGCUGUAGUGGUUGUGGUCAUAGAGGCAGCGGUUUUGAGCAUGAUUCUCUUCUGCUGUCGUUCUGUUUUAGGAUACGCUUACAGUAACGAAAUGGAAGUUGUGGCUUAUGUGCAAAGAGUAACUCCAUUGCUUUCUCUUUCCUUUAUCAUGGACAGCCUCUUAGCUGUACUUUCUGGGAUUGCUAGAGGAUGUGGGUGGCAGGAUUUAGGGGCUUAUUCCAACCUUGGUUCAUAUUACUUAAUUGGAAUUCCAAUAGCUACUAUAUUGGGUUUUCUUCUAAAACUAAGAGCAUCUGGACUCUGGAUGGGAAUAUUGACAGGGUCUACAGUGCAAGUUGUAUUGCUUGUCCUAAUAACAUCCUUCACCAAUUGGCAAAAACAGGCAAUAAAAGCAAGGGAGAGGAUCUUUAAGGAGACAACGAAUGAUAAGAGUUUCUUAGCUUAGACAACAAACUAAUGUAUUUUUGUUUUUCUUUUUGAUUGGUGAUUUUGAACACAGUUUUUUGAUGGUUUGAAAAUUUUGAAUGUAUGUGGAAGGAAUCUCCUGAUAUUUUUCAAAAGUAUGAAAAUUUAUAAUAAAACGAAAGAAACAUAUUAAAUA